AUGUCUGCCGAAUCGCUCACCACGGCCGCCGCGGUCUUUACCGGCCCGGGGAUCGCAACGAAUUCAACGCCGGCCGUAAAUGGCAGCGUCGGCUUUCAUUUCGUCCUCGAUGGCACCGUUCAAACACUUUCCACUCACAACUCUCCUGAUGAUGGCCCGAUCAAAGGACUACUUUUCGUCCCCAGCCUCGAUACCCAGGAUCCGUGCCACGAUAUCACCGGCUCAUUAAUACCUUCAAAUGUUACCGGCUACGAAGAUGUAUCUACGCUCGGAUACCGUACGAUCGGCCUGGCCCCAUGGGUAUCUCUUGAAUGUACAAAAUCGUUUCUCAGCGCCUCGCGAAAGGCCGAGAUCGAUGCGCUUGUCUUUUAUCAGCCUUAUACCAAUAAUACGGGAAAACCUCCACCAUCAGACGAUAUAACUUGGAACCUGGGCGAUAAUAGUGAAUGGAAAAAUCAGAAUGAAUAUCCUGUAUAUGCAAUUUCUGGGCCUGCCGGGGCUACGUUGAUGCAUCAGCUAUCGUUAUAUUCGAGCAACAUGACCCAAUCACGAGAAAAGUCCACAUACCAGGGUGACAUUAGACUUUUCACCCUGAUUGAUCUAGAACAAGAUGGCAAUAAAAUACCUAGCCUUUGGGGCUUCAUCCUCGCCAUUCUCGGAACAAUUUUGGUUCUCAGUCUAAUCCUCCUAGUCUGCUACCAGCUCGUUCAGAAGAGACGCCGGGAUAACCUCCAACGUCGCAUCGAGGCCGGAGAAACGGACAUUGAGUUCCUAGGACUGAAUCAAGUAAAGGUCCCCCAGGAAAUCUUGGACCAAAUCCCCGUCUACACAUAUCCCGAUUUGAACGCCCCCGCAAAAGCUGUACUACCCGACGAGACCAGGUCCAUCACAGCCGGACGAAUCUCCGGCGAACACACUUCACUCCGGUCCGCCACCAGCGAAAACAAGAAGAAUGUCCAGACCGAUUCAUACGAGCUCAAAACACUAGAUACAGCAAUCACAAGAUCCGAUCCCGAAAUUAACAACAACAAUGAUAAUAAUAGUAACGAUUCCGAUUCAGCUCCCGUCCAUGGACAGGAGACUUUCCGACUAAGUAACUCACAAACAACCUGUGCAAUCUGUCUGGACGAUUUCGAACCUAGGCUCUCGAUUGUCCGGGAACUUCCAUGCGCUCACAUCUUUCAUGCAGAGUGCAUUGAUACCUUCCUUACACAGAGCAGCAGUCUCUGUCCAUUAUGCAAGAAGAGUGUCCUGCCGCCAGGUUGCUAUCCUAGACCCAUUACUAAUCUUAUGGUUCAUCGCGACCAUAUGUUGAGAAGGUCACGGUGA